AUGGCUGCAGACUCUGCCGAGGAUUCGGGGCUCUCUCCGUUGCCGAACCCUGAGGAGGAGGUGCCAAAAGGGGUUCUGGAAGAGCUGCCUUGGCUCGACUACGCCAUCGAGCGGGUACAGUUCCUUCGGGGUACCGUCGACGAGACCUACGGGAUUGCCCGGACUCGGGUCUCCGACAUAGGUUACACAUCAUCGGCUCACCUCCAGCAAUCCGUUGCGGAUUUGGGGGAAUUUCUUGGAGAUGCAAGAGCGUGGUACGCUCAUUACGAGGCUGUAGCAUUUGGCAAACUUAAAGGUGGAAACAAUACUUCCACUCGUCGUCCCUGGACUGCCAGUCACGCUUGUUGGCUUCAUUCUAACCUUCAUCGGUCUUAACCAUUUGCGUAUUACGCUCUUGCAGAGGGGAUCUUGGUAGCAGCUUCUCAACCGACUCUUUCUUGCGGUGUUGCAAUGGGCUUGGGGAUUUUUGCUUUAAAAAGUACGAAUUCGAUCCCGCGUUUUCUAACCAGUACUCUUGCCUUUGUGAAACAACGAGAUUCAUCAAUGUUUCGAUCCCGCGUUUUUCUGACUACUAAAAACAUUACUGAUGCUGUCAUCCGUUUUCCUAUCCUUUCUUGAUACAUCUAUACUGAUUCCACAACCUAGACAUCUAAAAUGGCACAAUCUAGCCUUUAAUUUUGAAUUAAAUUAACCUAAAACUAUUACUACAUCACAGGCUGAUCAGACCAAAGCAGGGUUUCAAUAGCAGAUCUUUUCAGCUUCGCUUCAAAAUUACCCAACGAUUUAAGUCCCUUGGCAGAGAUUUCUUAAGAUAUAAGACUGCUUUCAUUGUCAUCCAUUAGGCACUGUGUAAGAAAUGCAAAUUUAGAUUUAAAUUCCCAUGUCGUUUACCGGACUUUCUUUUUGUAACAUAAAUGACCUUACUUGUCAUCACCACAUUGGACUUGAAUUUGAUAAUAGGACUGGUUCCUCCACAUUUCAUCUGUAUCAUCUCGCUUGAAGAUAAGCAGCGAUUCUUACGCCUUGACCUACAUUUAAUAUGAAACUUGUGAUAGAGGAAGUUAUCUAUUUUGCUUCAACACAUUUUCUUCGCGUUCCUUUAUCAUAUCCAUUGGAUGAUACCAGUUCUACAUACUUAUUACUCUGCUAUUUAUUAUGCACAGGGCCAAGGCGUUAUCUUUUUCGCAGCACAAUGCGUCUAUUUAUGAGUAGAGAGGUAUUGAAUGCUCUCCUUUUUUCUACUAUUUAUUUGCUUUUGCACAGCAUCUAUGCUACUUUUGAGGCAUAGGAAGCAAAUUAUGAUGUAAAUUAUUGGGCAACUGUCAUUGUCCAUCCCACAAAAUAUACUUAUAUCAUGUUGGCCCCUGCACUGUUGUAUCAUAACUACUUUGAUCAAGGUAAAAGGAAAAAUCUUCGCCUCUUUCUCUACAUCUUUCUGCUGGCCAAAAACUGAAAUGAUGCACGGUUAAACUACAAAUAUUUGCAAUAGCAGAAACCUUAUUCGCACAAAUUGGUCAAAGAAGCUGUAUUUGGUGCUCAAGUUCACUACUAUUCAUCUUCUAAAAAGGCUACAAGAACUUAAGUGUCCCUUAAAACGCACACAGUCACAAUUUGAAUAUGCGAUGAUAAACAUACUGUAAAAGGGUUCUGAAAAUACAGGCAAAUUAGAAAAAAGGUCAUAAAGGCAUUAUGAUAUCGUAGGUUGCUUCUUCAAGCGAAUGCCCUAUUUCUGAUAAAUCCGCAACCGGAGUGUGCUUAAAUUUGGAUUACCAUGAGUAUUCAACAUAUCUCUGUUUGAAGUCCGUUGGUUUUUGUAAUGCAUAUAUGACUGGAAGAGUUAGUCUAUUGCUCAACUUAAUUGAGUGGUAAAGUGCGAGCUGAUACCAAUUCCAACAAUUCAGACACUUGUCCUCAUAUUUUGUGUGUAAAUAUUCGUUGAGGUCUCUCCUUUUUCCCUUUGCUGGUACCUUCUAUUCCAGAUCUGAAGAAUUUAAAAACGAUUGCUUGAUCAGAUCUUUGUUUCUGUAAGCAUACUGUUCCUUUUAUGCUAUUUGUAAUGCCAAACCUUAACUAAUUUUUUAUCUCUUUCUCGUUUCCUUUCCCGUCUGAUAUUUUGAUAGUAUGAUGAGAAUCUCGAUGGAAAUGAAAGAUUGGUCCAUGCGGUACUCAUAUUCUUGUUAGAUAUUUAAGUUUAUGUUUCAUUUAUAAAGGUAAAAGAAUGAAUGAGAUAUCCGCUAACAUCUACUCUUACCCCGUGGCUGCAGUCUUCACUUUCUAGUGCGGAGAUUAAAGUGAAUAUGAUGAGGAAGUCUAUUGACGUUAUGAAGCUUGAAAGGCAAAAAUUGGAGGUAAUUUCAUUUUCACGAGAGAACCUCAUCAUUCUGCUGCGCUCUUUACCAAUGAUGUGUGUUCCUAUUCCAUGUAAAUGAUGUCUGAUAUAAUGCCAUAAUUCUUCCUUUAUGUCUUUUUGUUACACUGUCGUUUUCCUAUUAUUCAUCAUCCCCGCUCUCAUUAUAUUGAAUUAACCUUUCCAUCUGGGUUUGAUGAUAUUCCUUUCACAUUGUGUAUCUCUGUUUUUUUAAUUGCCUUCUUUAUUUUAGUUUUUUAUUGGUCUUAGUAAAUUUCAAAUUUAUGUUAUGAUCUUAAUGUUCUUAAAAUUCUUCAGAAAAUGUCAUUGCCUUAUAAAUAUCACACUAUAUUCAAGUGUAAUUUAUCUCUAAUAUUUAAAUCCUAGCUUCUGUUGAACCAUGUUUUAACGGCCAGCCUAUACGUGGAUAUGUUUUACAAGUUUCAUAUUCUAUCUGCUGGCUUUUCUAACCGAUGAAGAAAUACGGGUUCAGUAGGGGAAAUAUGAAACUGGGCUGAAAAUUAUUUCUGAUUUGUGAUUUAUUUGUUUUUAUGUAAGAUAUGCGGAAUUAGCCUGUGUUUUUUGUAUCUUUUGCCCUGGGUUAUUUUUUUUUCUGGAAUGUGGUACGAUGCCACAGUUCAUUACAGAGCAGAAAACACUUAAUUCCUAAAGGGACGUCUCCCAGAACUGGAGACAAGAUUGAGCCAGAGAUCACUUAGGAAAAAGUUGCAAAGAAAUUAUCGUUGGGCUUUAUUUGUAUAUUCCACCCACCCUCUCAUUACGAUGGUAAUUACACGUUGCUCCUAAAAUUCAGUUUGAGGAAGUUAAUAUAGUUUUAUAAAAAGAAUGAAUAUUCUUUUGAGUCCUAGAAACAUUAAGUUUUCAUCAUACAUAGGGCAAGUGACCACAGUGACCAAGAUGCCUUUUCCUUAAGGAGCUACUCGAUGCCUGGUUUCAUGGGAUCCACUGAUUCCGAGGUUUGAUUAGUGAGCAACUAUCCUCUGGCCGGCCCAAGGCUUCAUCCAUAGCCUGUAAACUGCCUGCAACACCAGAUUUAACGAAAAGGUAAGUAAUAGUUUCCUCACUCGUAUCACAAAGAUGUAUUCAUCCCAACUGUCUGGUUGUUUUUUCUAAGCUAAACUCACCAGUCAUUUAGAAACUGGCUAGCAUAAAUGUAAAAGGCUUGGUAGGCGCUCACCUUCUCUACAUAGAAAGGAUAUUAUUUUCUCCAAUCCCACCAAAUUCCAAUUUCCGGAUUGAGAAUGUUUGAUCCUUCUAUCCAGUUGGCCAAUAGGCGAAAGGUAGAUGUCCAAAUGGAAAGAAAUAUUUUGCAUUUAAAAAAGACCCUUCACAUCACGCAGUAAAAAAAAUUAUGUGACCUUUCAUAAGUUGAUUAUCUAUAUUUUUAUCGAAUGAAAAUAUAAUUGUGUAUUUUCAUAUUUUUGUGUCCAAUCUUAGCUAGUGAUAUAUGUGGGGUGGUAUAACUCAUAAAGCAGCAGUUCUGACAAAAUAUCAUGUUGGUAACUAUUGCACUGCCGGAAUGAAGUUGCUCUGAUGUCUUAGUUUCCGCAUUCAAUCAAGUUUUAUAUAUUUUUGACGAUUCCUGGACGCGCGCCUAUAUACUCUUUGAUGAGAUAGUAGACCGCAGAUUUUCUUCACUGGAUUCAUUUUACACAUAAAUGGAAACUUUUUUUCUCGGUUAUAAUAAGUUAUUUGGGCUUAAUUUUGUUUCUUCAUUGAAGUCAUUAACUUAUACUGCAGUUAACCGAAGGUUGCAUUUGAAUACCUUUUUAUUCAGAAUAAACAACCUCUUAUGCAGUGUAUCAUGUUCGAAAAUUUCAGGAAAGAGCUUUAAUGGCAAAAAAUCAAAUGGAAUGGGGCAAGACGGAGCUAAGGUGAGAUCUAAAUCGCCAUCUUAUUUCGGCCUCUGUGUUCAGUAACUACCCAUUCUAAUAUGCCUGUUUUCUUUGAUUGAUGUCGACAUUCAGAAAGACUAGCAACCAGAUUCAGGGUAUUGUUCAUUCAAUUUACAACAUUGAAAGACAAGCACGAGGUAUGUGGUACUUACUAGGUGCUAAAUUAUGCAAGAGCUUGCUACUUUUGUACGAUGUGGUUGGUCUUCUCUGUAGUCUGAUGUUUAUAAGCAUGCAAUUCAUGGCGGUAGGUUUGAAGUCUAUCCUCCAACAAUUUCCCCGGAGACAAAGAUCUCAGAUUUUAUCAAAGGUUAGUUUCCAGCUAGACGGCGUGGGAUGUUGUACCGUAUACUUUACUACCAUUGCGCUGAGACUGGCCGAUCGUAUGCUUGAUCAUUAUGGUGUUUUCUUAUGUAUGUUGAUUGAUGAGUCUUACCUAGCAUGCAUCAUUUGACAAGUCCCUCAGUUAUUCAGCCCACUUUCUAUUAGGUACAGUUGCAUGGCGUUUCAUACCUCAGAAAAGAAUGCUGGCCUCUCAUCAGGAGAUUAUAUUCACUCUUAA